CUUUCCCCGCAUGCUCUGCGAAGACGCCAAAAAUGGCGGCCGUAUAUUCGGCACGCUGGCUGAGGGUCCGCCGCGGGCUUUGCCUGCCGCUGACGGGUCGGCGGGCAGGUCUCUGCGGACGGGCCCCCAGUAGCAGAUGUUAUUCUGGAAGUGCAGCCGUCCCAGAGGUUGAAGGAGCUGGUGCAACAGGGACUGAAGAAGUGGUCAUUCCAAAAAAGAAAACUUGGGAUAAAGUGGCUGUUCUUCAGGCUCUUGCAUCCACAGUACACAGGGAUGGUACAGCUGCCCCUUACGCAUUUCAAGAUGAUCCUUAUCUCAUACCAACAUCCUCUAUGGAAUCUCAUUCAUUUUUGUUGGCAAAGAAGUCCGGGGAGAAUGCAGCAAAGUUUAUUAUUAAUUCAUAUCCCAAAUAUUUUCAGAAAGACAUAGCUGAACCUCAUAUACCGUGUUUUAUGCCUGAGUACUUUGAACCUCAGAUUGAAGAUAUAAGUGAGGCUGCUCUGCAGGAACGAAUCAAGCUCAGAAAAGUCAAAGCUUCUGUGGACAUGUUUGAUCAGCUCUUGCAAGCAGGAACCACCGUAUCUCUGGAAACAACCAACAGUCUCUUGGAUUUAUUAUGUUACUAUGGUAACCAAGAGCCCUCAACUAAUUAUAAUUUUCAACAACGUGAACAAGCAGAAGAGUUGGAAGAAGCCACAGAGGGAAAUAACGAGAAACCUAAGAAGAAGGCUGGUCAUCAGCUUGGAGUUACUUGGAAAGCAAAAAACAACGCUGAGAGAAUCUUCGCGCUCAUGCCAGAGAAAAACGCACACUCCUACUGCACAAUGAUCCGAGGAAUGGUGAAGCACCGAGCUCCUACGCAGGCAUUGAACUUGUUCACUGAACUAUUAAACAACAGACUUCGUGCUGAUGUACACACCUUCAAUUCAUUGCUUGAAGCAACAGCAUCCGUGGUGAAUGAUAAAUUUGAAGAAAAAUGGAAUAAUAUGUUGGACCUGCUGAAACAAAUGGUUGCACAGAACGUGAAACCCAAUCUACAGACUUUUAAUACUAUUCUGAAAUGUCUCCGACGAUUUCAUGCAAUUGGAAAAUUGCCAGCCUUACAGACCUUACGGGAAAUGAAAGCCAUUGGAAUAGAACCCUCGCUUGCAACGUACCACUAUAUUAUUCAGGUGUUUUAUCAACAUGAAAGCCCUUCAAAAGGAUCGUCCCUCAUCAUCUAUGACAUCAUGAACGAAUUAAUGGGAAAGAAAUUUUCUCCAAAGGACCCGGAUGAUGAUAUGUUUUUUCAGUCAGCCAUGAGGGUUUGCUCAUCUCUCAGAGAUCUAGAACUUGCUUACCGUGUCCAUGACCUUUUAAACACUGGAGACAACCGGAAAUUCAUUGGACCCGAUCAUCGGCGUAAUUUCUACUAUUCCAAGUUCUUUGGUUUGCUUUGUCUAAUGGAACAAAUUGAUGUCACCUUGAAGUGGUAUAAGGACCUGAUACCUUCAGUAUUCUUUCCACAUUCCCAAACACUGAUAGAUCUUCUCCAAGCAUUAGAUGUGGCCAAUCGGCUAGAAUUGAUUCCUCAGAUCUGGAAAGAUAGUAAAGAAUAUGGUCAUACUUUUCGCCGUGACCUAAAAGAAGAGAUUCUGAUGCUCAUGGCGAGGGAUCGGCACCCACCAGAGCUGCAGGUGGCGUUUGCUGACUGUGCUGCAGAUAUCAAAUCGACUUACGAAAGCCAGGAUGCCAGACAGACGGCUCCCAGUUGGCUGGCCAGCUCUCUGAACAACACAGCUGUCCUCUUCUUAAGGGCCGGGAGAACCCAGGAAGCCUGGAAAAUGCUGGGGCUUUUCAGGAAACAUAAGAAGAUCCCUAGGAAUGAGUUGCUGAACGAGUUUAUGGACAGUGCAAAAGCAUCCGGCAGCCCUGCCCAGGCCAUUGAGAUAGUGAAGCUGGCAGGUGCCUUCAGCUUACCUAUUUGUGAGAGCCUCACCCAGAGAUUAAUGGCUGACUUCCCCCUCAGCCAGGAGCAGAAGAAAGCCCUGGGAGACCUAACUGCAUUGACCAGUGACAGUGACAGUGACGUCAGCGAAGGCAAAUAAAAGUGGUCGAAUCGGGAGCUCCUGUGGCCUAGCGUGGCUGUUGUGAUUACACUUGAGAACUGAGAUGUUAGUAUUUAAUUGUAAUGUGAAGAAAACAGGAGAAUACAGAUGUGGUGAACCUUGGUAACAACGCUUACUUAUUUACGUUUACUUCCUGAACUAAACCAUCCAUGCCAGGGUUACCACGUGAACAGAAGGGGCACUGGACACACGUCGUGAUGUUCUUAAGCUCUGCACAACUGCAGUGUUUGUCAGCUGAUGUCAGUGUGGUUUGCCCCUCCCCCAUUGGGGACUGUAGCCUUUGUUGGCUGAUGCUAUGACCUGACACUUCCUCCAACUCAGAAAGCGUCUAAAGGAAGUUUUUUGUGUUUUUUUUUUUUUUGUGGCACGCGGGCCUCUCACUGUUGUGGCCUCUCCCGUUGCGGAGCACAGGCUCCGGACGCACAGGCUCAGCGGCCAUGGCUCACGGGCCCAGCUGCUCCGCGGCAUGUGGGAUCCUCCUGGACCGGGGCAUGAACCCGUGUCCCCUGCCUCGGCAGGCGGACUCUCAACCACUGCGCCGCCAGGGAAGCCCUUCAGGAACUUUUUGUACAAUUACAUCACAUUUGAUACUGGGUCAGUAGUAGCCAAGUUCAGGGAUAUUUAUAUGUGGGAAAUUAUUAAUCUCAGAAAUGAUUAAACAACGUCAGGAGUUUAGGCUGCACAGCUGGGAAUAUGAAGACUGUAAAUAAAUACUGUAACUAAGGUACAUAUGUAUGCAUUUCCAUUAUUUUUAUAAAAUAGCCCAUAGUCUCCCACUAGGCUUGGGGCUUGCACAAGAGUGUUUCAUCUCUCCCUUUCUCUCUGUGAGUGCUGGCACCUUCUUCAGUUGUGCUGUACUUAACGUGGUCUAAAUGUAUGUGAUGACAAGAGGAUUGAAGUGUCUUCUUGACAUGAUUGUGUAUUGCUGGUAAUCGAGUAGGUCAAGAACCUCUCCUCCAGCCUCUCAUGACUUGCAAGUGGUAUGGGAAGCAAACAGGAACUUGUGAGGCUUGCAGGAGCUUCACAAGGGUUUCUAGCGCAGGCUGCUUAGCUCAUAAUCUGAUUGCCAGAUUUACCCAGGCAUCCCAGGAGUUCUCCUCGGAUGAACAACUUCAUCCUUACCCUGCCGGGGUUGCCAUUUAUGGGCUACUGUAUUGUACAUGUGUCUGUGACAUGUGCCUGUCCCCAUCUCCAUUUUCUAUCCUCUGGCCAGGACCCAGUCAUACAUCCUCAGAAACCUAAGUAUUGACUCAUGUUUUCUCCUAGAUCACCAGAAUUUAAGACAUCUAAGUGAGAGAGGGCAGGGGAAAUGACAACAACUAGCUACUUAAGUAUUCAUGUGCAUCGCCCCAGUAGCCCCUUGACAUAGCAAAUGAGCAAAAGGGAUAGGUAGGGCAGAUUAGCCUCUGAUCUUGCCUUAAAAUCUGCACAGGGAACAUGGCUGCGUGGAAGCUUCUGUAAACUCGGCCCCUCCCUUUCCCUCUGGUUCAUCAGCACCUGGAAAUGGCUGAUUCUCCUGGGCUGAGUAUGCAUUCAGUGCAGUCCUUACAGAUGCAGAAGAACACUUCCAUUGCCGGGGAAUCCUGCCAGAGAACAGUCCUCAGCAUCGUGCUGUGCAGCUAUGCCGUUGAUGGGGAAAAGGUCCAUCUGGGCGGAUGGCACAUGAAUUCGUAGUGGACUUUCCAAGUGGGUGAUGAUGUGGCCAUGUGGUCUUAACUCUGUGCUACAGACAUUCCAGAUUCCUAUUCUGGCCAAAAUAACUGCUUCCAGCUUUUCAGAAAAAAAUUAAGGAAGGCCUGUAGCAUUGGUCUCCAUUCUCUCUUUAGCCUCUAAUAGUAUAAGGUGUUCUGUUUUUCUAUGCCAAAGAUAAUAACCCAUCAUCAAUUUUGGUUUUGGUUCAAUAGAACAUUUGAGUACUCUUAAUAAAAUGGAUUGUCAUACA